AUGAGCAUACCCCAACCAUCUAGUGGCAAUUGCCCCGCCUUAUCGGGCUAUUUAAACAGCUCGUUUAGCAGAGUAAAUCUCAAAAGUGAAACGGCAAGCGAUGAACACAGCAGCAUUCAGGUUUCUGGCGAUUGCAGCGCUUUGCGCCAUUGCGCUGCCCGCAACGACGCAGGCGUUGACCAUUGAACCCCGUAGCAGUUGGGGUGCUGUGAGUGCCCGAUCGCCCUCACGUGUAAACGGCGCCGUGGAAUAUGUGAUCAUCCACCACUCGGAUAAUCCCAAUGGAUGCAGCACGUCACAGCAGUGCCAGCGCCUGAUUAAGAACAUACAGUCGGAUCACAAGGGCAGACGCAGCUUCAGCGACAUUGGCUACAAUUUCAUUGUUGCCGGCGAUGGCAAGGUGUACGAGGGUCGCGGCUUUGGACUGCAGGGCUCCCAUGCGCCCGGCUACAAUCGCAAGAGCAUUGGCAUCGUAUUUCUGGGCAACUUUGAGAGCAGCGCGCCCUCGGCACAGAUGCUGCAGAACGCCAAGGAUUUGAUUGAACUGGCCAAACAGGGCGGCCACCUAAAGAACGACUACACUCUGCUGGGCCAUCGACAGACCAAGGCAACCGCCUGCCCCGGCACGGCGCUCUACAACGAGAUCAAGACCUGGCCGCACUGGAAACAGAUUUAAAUUAUAGAUUAGAUGUGUCGUGAAUCUCGAUGUAGGAAAUAAAUUAUCCCAAUUUACAUGUGUA